AUGGACCUUUCCAACAAAGCUGCCUACCUUGUCAGUCCCAAUGGGCCUACCAUCGAAGUCAGGUCAGCACCUGUUCCAACACCUGGGCCAGGAGAACUCCUCGUCAAAACACAUGCUGUCGCAAUCAACCCAGUCGAUGCAGUGAAACAGUCCAUGGGCAACAUGAUGUUUGAAUGGCUCUCAUAUCCUCUUAUCCUCGGCUACGAUGUCGCUGGCGAGGUUAUCAAGACGGGACCUGGUGUUGGCCGAUUCAGGGAAGGCGACAGAGUUGUGGGUGUUACAGCAGGCAUGGACAAGCGAGGUAGAUGUCCCGACGAAGGCGCAUUCCAGGAAAUUUGUAUCGUGCGAGAACAUUUGGCUGCUAAGAUUCCAGACGGAAUCACGUCCACCGAUGCCAGUGUUUUGCCUCUCACUUUUGUUACGGCUGCAUGUGCUUUAUUCCAAAAGGAACAACUAGCACUACAGCUACCUCAGACCAAGGCAAACCGCAGUUCAACAGGCCAGACAGUUUUGGUGUGGGGAGCGAGUACAAGUGUGGGCAGAAAUGCUGUACAGCUUGCUGUUGCAGCUGGCUACGAUGUUAUCGCCACAGCAUCGCCCAAGAAUUGGGACAUUGUGCGGAAUCUAGGCGCUUCUUCAGUUUUCGACUAUCGCAGCCCAACGGUCAUAGAUGAUGUGAUUACUUCUUUGAAGGAAAAGAAAUGCGCAGGAGCUGUGGCCAUUGGUCAACGGUCACUAGCGAAGUGCGUCGACAUUAUCAAAAGAAUUCCCGGAGCCACCAAGAACGUUGCUCAAGUGACUCUCUCGAUGCCCGAGUCACAACCAACGACAAAUAUCUCCAUGAUUCCGUUUGUGGCAAAGUACUUCUGGAUGGCAGGUACUGAUCGCCUCAAGGUGAUGAGUAGUGGAGUCCAGAGCAAGUUUGUUUUUGGCACAGACAUAAUUGAAUGGGAUGCUGAAGGGAAGCUGGCUUCAUAUUUGAGUGAAGCAUUGGAACUUGGGGAGUAUAAGCUGAGUUCUAGAGCUCAAGUACUGGAGGGAGGGUUGAGCUCAAUUGCUCAAGGGUUGGAUUUGGUUCGGGAAGGCACUGAUGGUAACAAAGUAGUGGUCAGAAUUUGA